UUUUUCAAGUACCCAACCCGAAUCGUUGCCGGCGUUUUUGUUCUGGUGAUAAUCAUCUACUGGCUAGGGAUAUUGCUCAUCUGUGGCACGAUACAGAUUCUGCACAGCUUUUUCAUUGUUUUAAAUGCUAUAAGCAAGUUCAUCGAGAUUGACUAUGAAGACCUCUCCGCGAUGAACGUCAUAGCUUCGGUCUCUCUUGCAGUUUCCAUUUCUAAUUCACUUGCGCACAUUUUUGUGGCCAUGAGAAACUACCGCUACCACAUGCUAAAAAUUUACCAAGGUGAUAAGUCGUUCUUGUUAUCAGUUACUUCAGCCUCACCCCAGUACGUGAUGACCAGCAGCAUGAUCUACCCGGGGUACCAGAUAGCGUUCAUGAUGUGGGGCAUGGUUAUAAGCUUCGCUUUUACACUUGUAACAGGUUUGGUCGUCAACGAAGCAAUUGGCCUGAUUAUAUUGUUGGGCCAAGCAGAUAAGGCGUUGCGUCUGCUCGGUCAGCUGAUUGUCUUUCCAAUCACACUGGUUCUUUUGUUUUACGUCCAAGUCUUCAUCAGUGAAAAUCUAUUUCUCCAAGACAGGCUGAACUAUCACGAUAGAUACAAGCCUCUUAACGUCAACAACAGAAAACUCUACGAGCUAGUAAGCUAUUACUCUAUGUUCGCCAACAUGGCAGUCGGGUUGUUUACCUGUUUCUUUAGAAUUGCGCUGAAUGCGCUCUUCGGGAUAUUUUUCGUUGACCGCUUGGACACAAGUGUCUUCACCCGGGACAUGGAGCAUCUUGACAGCGGACACCGGGCGUAUGUCUCCAUGCUGCUGGUGGACAAUGCCCACAACAACCCAUGCAUGAGGGUGUUCACGCACCUGCUGUGGACGAGGGCCCUAGCGGCUCGUUUCAAGCUGAGACAACAGACCGAACCCGGCUGCCGAGACGAGACAGGUCCCAGUGCCUGCGGCUCCCAGGUUGAAAACUGUUGGAUUGCAGCCGGUGCUGCGGAGACGACCGUGGAUGGACAGAACGGCGCCGGUGGUUACGGGAGCAAUAUGAUGUUCUGCGAUAUAAAAAACUUUGCUGUUUCCACACCGGCAAAGAUCCGCUGGUUCCUCGCCUACACUCUGCUGCACAACCCCCAGCUUCUUAGACUGAGAAAA